AUGGCACCUAUUCGUGUUGCACUCAUCGGCCUCUCCUCGUCGGCGAGGACCUCCUGGGUCGCCCACUGUCAUUUGCCUUUAUCACCCCCGGCGAAAUCUUACUAUGGGAUUGUUGCGCUCCUUAACUCGAGCGUUGCGUCGGCAGAAGCAGCGAGAAAACACUUUUCGCUUCCUUCGGAUGUGAGGACUUAUGGCGACCCAAAUGACUUGGCCUUAGAUCCUGAUGUCGACUUUGUCGUCUGUUGCACUCGAGCUGACACUCAUAGCUUGACGACGGAGCCAUCUUUGCGAGCCCGAAAAUCUGACAAUAUAGAGUGGCCCAUCGGGGUCUCGCCUAUAGUUCUCAAACUCAGAGCGAUAUUCGUGCCUACGGUAAUCUCUUACCUAGAGACUCGCUCUUUCGUAUUUCACAAACCGGAACAUUGGGGCAACCCCAUCACCAUUGCUUUUGGGCACACUAUCGACUACAUGCACGAAGUUCUCGGGGAGUUUGCCUCGUUUAAAAGUCUAAUGCAGAUACAGCGGCCAGUCGUCGCAGUUCUUGGUAAGAAUGGAACUCGAAUCAAGAAGAUAGAAAGCGACGUACCUGAUUUUCUGGCUGUUCAUAGGAAGCUAGCCAAGGGGAAGGAUUGGCCUCGAUUACACGAUACCGUCGCGAGAAUGAAGGAGAUAGAUGAGGUCUUUAAAUGGUAUGACGCGCAAGAUGCGUAA